CCCCCCCUCCCCCACAAGAAUCUUCGUUGCCUCCAUCCUUACACAAUUCCCUUCUUUACACACACUAGCAUAUGGCCACGGCGCUUUCCGUCCGCCCCACCCGCGCUAUCUCCGGUUCGGACCGGCUCAGACCCGCGUCUUUCCACCGCCCUGCCCCAGAACCGAUAGUUAAGGUGGGCCGCCGAGGUCCAUGGGGGGUGCUGUUCAGCCGCCGCGUAUUAGCCGCACCGCUGCAAGCCGGCUCGCGAGCUGAUGACUCUGCCCCGUUCGAGAUGUCGGUAGAAAAUGCCCUCAAAGUACUGGGUGUAUCCGAGGGUGCAUCUUUCGACGAUAUUCUUCGAGCAAAGAAUUCAAUCAUCGCUUCUUGUAAAGAUGACGAACAAACAAUUGCUCAGGUAGAGGCUGCAUAUGAUAUGCUGCUAAUGCAGAGUUUAUCACGGCGGAGAGCGGGGAAAGUUGUAAAUAGUAGCAUUCGUUAUGCUGAUGUUAAAUCUAUAAAUUCUCCUAAAAUGGGGUCAAUGCCCAAAUGGCUUCAGACUUCUGUCAAGAAGUCACCCAUAUCAGUGGAAGCACCAUCUACUAGCGAGUUAGGUGUGCAGGCGGGUGUAUAUGGAGCUCUGAUGGUCUUGACCUAUGCAAAUGGAGCCUCGCCAUCUUCCACAAUACCAUAUGGGGGUUCUGAUGUUCCUGGCCUUAUUUUAGCCACUAGCUUUGGGGCAUCCUUGUACUUCAUGACUAAGAAAAACAUCAAAUUAGGGAAGGCAACGGUCAUAACAAUCGGAGGGCUUGUGGCUGGUGCAGUGGUGGGCUCAGCAGUUGAGAAUUGGUUACAGGUUGACAUCGUCCCCUUUGUGGGAAUAAACACUCCGGCUACAGUUGUGAGCGAAUUUAUACUCUUCUCACAAUUUUUAGUCUCCUUGUACUUGAGAUAGAAUGAGGAUAAAUUCUAGUGGGAUUUAAUUGCAACAGUCCACAACGCUUAUCUAGGAUGUGUAUUGUAUCAUAUCUACAUUGUACAAAUGUGAUGUUUUAGAACCUAUAUCAGUAAAUACAUUUCUUGUCAAA